GAUCCCUGUCCGCCCAGGUUCUUUACGCUCUUGUUUUGCUAGCAAGAUGGAUGAGUUCGAGGAGCAGUUGGCCGAGACUGUGAAGAAUUACAGCCAUCUUUACAACUGUGCCAACAAACCAUAUAAAGACAGUGAAAUGGCGAAGAACUCGUGGAAGGAGAUAGCGCAGUUAAUGUGCACGGACGAGAUCGUCUGUAGGAAACGGUGGCGGUCUCUUCGGGACAAAUUUGCAAAGGCCAAACGGCGAGUUCAGAGUCGGAAGAAAAGCCCCGGCGGCAAGAAGAUCGCCAUUCCGGCGCUGUACACCGCUUUACAGUGGCUGGACGUCCAUGUAAAGAACCGGGAGACGACCACCAAUAUGAUGAGCGUGUCACACGUUGAGUUUGCUGGAGGAGCACAUGACCUGGAGAAAGAGCAAGACCGAGUCAAGCAGGAGCAGCUUGACCUCCUGCCAGUUAUCAGUACUGUUUAUUCUCCGGCUGACUCCAGUCCAAGCAGCCAUCAGAUUGUUGAAACCUCUUUUAAACCUAAAAGACAGUCGAGCUCACAAACUGAGAAGAGUUCUGCAGACGCCCGCAGCAGCCUCAGAGAUGAAGACGAACUGUUUCUGCUCAGCCUUCUGCCCUCCAUAAAGAGGCUUACUAACAAGAAAAAGAUGGAGGUCCGGAUGAGGUUUCAGCAGGUGCUUUAUGCUGCAGAAUUUGACAACUAAAAAGACAUUGUUGGUGGAAGGACGUUGCAGUUGGUCACAUGCACAGACUUUACCGCUUGUAAAUCAUUAUUUUAUUGUCAUAAAUAAAUUAUAAAUAUUUUGUAUCUACUGUAUAUCUGUUCUGAUG